AUGGCAUCCAAGCCUGAAAUACACUAUCUGCAUGAACUGCGGCAGACCUAUCGAAAUUCUCUCCUGGAUUUCAUUGCAUCCUUCAGAGUUUUCCAGGUUUUAGAUUCGGUGCGCGGAAACAGCCUGGAGGCCGCAGAACCAGUCAAGCUUUAUAUUUUGGACUCGUCCUUCAACCCUCCCACCAUCGCUCAUCUCAAUAUUGUGAAAUCGGCCUUUGCUCAGCAUGACGAUCCAUCAUCUAUUAGGCUACUGCUUCUUCUAGCCACACAGAAUGCCGACAAACCAUCCAAGCCCGCCUCAUUCGAAGAUCGGCUCGUUAUGAUGCAACUUUUUGCCCAAGACAUUAAGGAUUCUAUCUUACGAAUCCGUACAAGCAAUGAUGAUAAUGCUCCAAAGAACAGGAAAAAUUCACCAAAUAUUGAUAUCGGAGUAACCAAGUUGCCAUAUUUUAUAGACAAGGCAGAAGCAAUUUCCACGUCCAAAGUGUAUCCGGAAUCUCUCGAGCAGGUUCUUCUUACAGGAUAUGACACACUCGUUAGGAUCUUUGACACCAAAUACUACCCCCCAACAUAUACAUUGCAACCACUGAGCCGGUUCUUCAGCAAAAACAGACUUAGAGUGACCUUUCGACAGGACGAUGACUGGGGCGGACAGGAGGAUCAAGAAUUAUUUCUACGCAAUCUAGCCCAGGGAGCCAGAGAACUCGAAGGAGGUAAACGAGAAUGGGCUGAUCGCAUUGAGCUGAGUGAAGGGAAGAAGCCGGGAGAGAAGGCUGUGAGUUCAACUAAAGCCAGAAAUGCUGCGAUCAAUAAAGAUAUCAAUGCACUUAAAAAAUUGGUCACUCCAAAUGUUUGUGAGUGGGUGCUGUCCCAGAAGUUGUAUGAGGGCUCAUGA